AUGGAGCUCCCUCGCCGUUCACAGCGUGCUGGUUCGCGCCGGCCGGCGUAUGACGCUGCUAUCUCGACCCUGAAGCCCUCGCGGAGGAAGGAGGCGGCGGAACCUAUCGUGGUAGAGGAUAAGGAAGAAGAGGCGGCGGAACCUGUUGUGGUAGAUGAUGCGGGGCUUGAGGGUGUACUUCUUUCGAUAGAGGGUGGCUCUGUGAGGAUGUCAGUUGAAGAGAUCAAGGAAAUUGAGGAGGCUGUCGAACUACUCGUGCACUACAGAAGUGAUGGCGAAGGAGGGCAAGAGCGUUAUUACGAAUACCACACGGAUGCGGAGCAGGCCAUGGUCUCUCGAGCCAUGAAGAUACAGCACAUCCUCGACGACCGGCGGAGGAAGGCGCGGCAGCGAGUGGACCGCAAUGCGCGUAGGCGUGAGGCGAAUGCUCUGAAUGCGCGGUGUGAGGCUGAGGGCGGCGAGAUCUUCGGAACCUCCAAAAGAGGGCGACGGCCUGCGGUUGCUGUUGAUGAUGUUAGCGAUAAGCAGCCACCGAAGAAGAAGAAGAAGAAGAAGAAGAAGAAAGCGGCCGUGUUGGUGUCGCAGGCAGGCUCUGCGCGGAAGAGUCAGACAGCACCACCGGCCUCAGAGCAGCGAGCAGCCUCACAGCGGCAAAACUCUGUGUCGUUGUUUCUCACAGAGGGCACGCCAGAGGAUGAUGAGGAGCCGCCGCCGUUCGAGUAUCGGAUUGGCCUGUGUUGUCGCCGAGGGAAGGACAGUGUUGAUGACACGUGGUUCGUGACUAGCGAUGAGGACAUGGCUGGAUCGGUUAGCAAGUGGAUUAACGAGACCGUCGUUGACAUAAAGGGGAUUGUGAAGGCUGGCAAGCUCACUGCCGCCUACCAAGGUCUCGCUGCGCACAAUGCAGCGAAGAUUACAUGGAAGGAUGCACGCAGUUGGUCCGGCAUUGUACGGCAAUUAGAGCUGUUCAAUAGGGCGAGUAGGCCAGAGCUCAGAGUAACCGUGGAUAUUGAGCUGGAGCCUAUAGUUGUUGUUCCUCCAACACUAACACCAGCUACUCAACGUACGGCUACCACUAUACAGCUUGUAGGCCUACCUCAGAAUCAAGAGGCCAUGCGUGUUGAUGGCAAUUACUCUAAGUCGAUUACUAGCCGGUGGACCUGUGAGAACCGCAACUGUAGGAACUACGGUCAUAACUGCUAUAUACCUCCGGACGCUCGUGAUCAUCCUACUACGCAUUAUCCAGUCUAUAAGCCUCAACUUAUGGCGUGGUAG